GUCCUGCACUUUCCUAUGCCUGAAGCAACUGUCAUCCCAAAAGAUCCUGAUGGCCAGGCCAGCUGGGAGAAGGCGCUGAAAAAAGAAUGUUAGCAUGUCUUUCCCCUGCUUGUACCUUAAAUAUCUUCCAUGCAGUUCACAGCAUUUAAUUUUAGACUCCACAUGAGGCAGGCGCAAGUGUUUUCUAGCAGAAGUCAGAGUCAGAGGCUUCCCAGUUUGCUGUGUUCCGAGUCACAGACUGGACAGAAAUUAUCUUUCCUUUCAAUAGAAGCAAGAAACGACAGAGCACAAACAUGUCAAACAGCAGAGACAGCGAUGACCUCAAUGAAGAAGACAUUGAUGAGGAUGAACUCCUUGCUAUGCUCUCACCUGAGGAGCUAAAGGAGCUUCAGAGUGAGAUGGAUGUUAUUAUUGCCCCAGAUGAGAGUGUACCGGUUGGACAGAGACAGAAGGACCAGACAGAAAAGCCUCCGACGGGUUCGUUCGACCACAGAUCCCUUGUUGAUUACCUCUACUGGGAGAAAGAAUCCAAACGAAUGCUCGAGGAGGAAAGAGUGCCUGCUACUCUGCUGCCCAGUGAGAAAGCUUUGAGGGAGGAAGCUGAAAAGAAAGAAGAAGAAGAAAACACAGAGGAUGUGCAAUAUGAAGAAUAUGAAGUAAUAGAGGAAGUCAUUUUGGAAGAAACUGUAGAUGGUACAGAUGGAGAGGAAAUCAUAGAGGAGAUAAUUGAGGAAAUUGUUGAAGAAGUUGAUGAGACGGAUGAAAACGACAAAGAGUUGGACGUGAAAGACAAGAGAGAGGUGAAGCCACCUGCGAAUACAGACAAAAAUGAAAAUAUAGAUAAAGAUGUACAUCCUCAAGAUAACGAAACAGAAACAAUAACAGAAAACAAUACAGAUGGCAAUCAGCCUUUUUCAGGCACAAAAGAGAAGACUGAGAGCUUAGGCCCCAAACACAGCACAUCACAUGUUGAAGAGCAAAAGGAAAUUAAAACAAUAGACUCUUUGCCUCCCAAAGAUGCCCCAGAGGAGCCUGAGAUAAAUGAAACCAAUGAUAAGCUCCAACAGAAAGAAGAGAAAAAAAUCAACAAAUUAAAAAUUCCAAAGCUGGCACUCAAUAAUAUAAAAAUGACAUCAAGACCUUCAGGAAAUGAGACAAACUUGGAGUCGACACUUGACAAGAUCCGCAAUAACCACCCCUCUAUCACUGAGGUAAACCUCAACAACAUAGAAAACAUUCCCAAAGAGAUGCUCUUGGACUAUGUUAAUGCCUUGAAGAAGAAUAAAUAUGUAAAAACUUUCAGCAUAGCCAACACUGGUGUCGAUGAAAACAUAGCUUUCAACCUGGCCAACAUGUUACGAGAGAAUCGCAGCAUUGCGACUCUGAAUAUUGAGUCUAAUUUUAUAACAGGAAAGGGCAUCGUGGCCAUCAUCCGCUGCCUUCAGUUCAAUGAGACUCUCACAGAGCUGCGAUUUCACAACCAGAGGCACAUGCUGGGUCACCACGCAGAGAUGGAGAUCUCACGUCUGCUAAAGGCCAACAACACCCUCCUGAAGAUGGGCUACCACUUUGAGUUGCCAGGGCCCAGGAUGGUGGUGACCAACAUUUUAACCAGGAAUUUGGACCGUCAGAGGCAACUGAGGAAGGAGGAGCAGAAGCAGCAGCAACUGAAGGAGCAGAAGGAGCUGAUGCAGAUGUAUGAGAGCAGUCUAAACCUGCCUCCUGGUUUACUUGAGAUGCUGGGGUACAUACCGCCUCUAGAACUCUUACAGGAGCACGGGCUCGUCCCACCCUCAUCAGAACCGAACGCUGUGCCACAAACACACCACCAGACAGAGCAGACAGAGCCUCAGAAACAGCUCAAACAUAAAAGCAUUCCCAAACAACCCAGUGCUGAACCAGCAAAUCCAUUAAGGGAUGUUCAGCUGAAGAGGACGCCCAAGAAACAUGACCCAUUUCUGGAGCUGGACCCAAGGGAUGACAGGAGAGCAGAGAGGCCCAGUUUCCAGCUGAGGAAGACUUCCAAAGUAAAGGAUGCAGAUAGUGGAGAAAUGACAGAUGAGAAACCCAACCUGGCUGAUGUGAUUAAGACUUUGAAGCCCGUCCCCCGUAGACGAGUGCCACCUAAAGUUGAGCUCACACCACGUGAUCAGCUCCUAAAUGAGAUCAAAAAGAGCAACGUGGCCUAUCUCAAACCUGUGCCGCUCCCUAAAGUCCUGGAAUCUAGUGAAACGAGUCUCCUCUGAGGUUACAACUCCAGCUGUAUGUUUUAACCAUACUGUAUCUUUAUUUUACACAUAUCUGAUAUUAGUUGCCCUAAAACUACUCAAACUGUGUAAAUUAAGAGUGAGCUAUAUUUGUAUUACACAUGAAAAAUAUUGGAUGGUUGUUUGGCCACUUUUGUGAUCUCACUAAAUCCUUUUGUCUUUAGGAAGUCAUAACAAUAAAAGUAUGGAAAUUAAAAGACCUCACUGCCAAAACAUCCUUCACUCUUUCAUAAUUUGGUAAAACUGAGUAAUUUGCAGAGGGCUUUUUGCAUAUGAAAACUUCUUUAAAAUUUUGCUCUAAAAAGAUUUGUAUGGUACAUUUGUUUGAUUAAAUGUUAGAUGAUU